GUACGCACCUGCGAUACUUCCGAUCCUUCCGAUGUCGCUGCGAUGAAAUAACGAUCUUAUGACGUCAUCAAAAUAAUUCGUUAGUCUUAUAUGUCUUCCUAAAAAGUAACCUUGACAAUCAUUGAUUGUGCGUCGUUUGUGGCGGCGGUGGCGGCUGUUUUGUGUUGUAUUUUAGAGUGCAAUCAUGGCGGAUCCUCUAGGCCUGCUUCGACAGUACAAUAUCAAUAAGAAGGAAAUUAUCGAACGUGAUAAUAACAUUGUGUUUGGAGAAUUUUCUUUCCCGAAAACCGUGAACACGAACUACUUGGUAUGGGGAUCUGGCAAAGAUGGCCAGACCAAGGAGUACUACACAAUGGAGUGUCUGCUGUUCUUGCUCAAGAAUGUGCAUGUCACUCAUCCAGUGUAUGUGCGACAAGCUGCAGCAGAGAACAUACCUGUGGUACGUCGGCCAGACAGGAAGGAUCUGCUGGCCUACCUCAAUGGAGACACCUCCAGCUCCACCAGCAUCGACAAGUCGGCUCCUCUGGAGAUUCCCACACAGGUGAAGCGGACGGCAGAGGACACUGGGGAGACGUCAGCCAAGAAACCGCGCAUCGACGUGGACCUGCUGAAGGCCAAGAAGCAGCAGCUGGCUGCCAGGCUGGACGCCUCCAAAGAGACCUCUGUCCGGCUUGACACACUGAAGUCACUCUCAGAAACUAUGUCAGUAGAGAAGAUCGCCGAAAUCAAGGCAAAACGAAUGGCCAACAAAAGGACUCGAAUCAAAGACAACGACGAUAUCGGCGUAGGCGGAGAAUUAAAGGGAAUGCUGGAGUUUGACAUUGACAUGACGAAGGUGAUCAUUGAACGAGAGCGGCAGUGGAGGACACGCACCACAAUCCUGCAGAGCACUGGAAAGAACUUCGCGAAGAACAUAUUCGGCCUGCUGCAGUCGCUGAAGGCGCGUGAGGAGGGCCGCCACAAGCCGUCCGGUCCGCCGGCGCCGGCGCCGACCGCCGUGGGCGCUGGCCUGCCGCCGCGACCGGCGCCGGCCGGCCGGCCGAACCCGGCACCCUACAGCAGAUACGACCAGGAGCGCUUCCAGGGCAAGGAGGAGACUGAGGGAUUCAAGAUCGACACUAUGGGCACGUACCACGGCAUGACACUGAAGUCGGUGACGGAGGGCUCGCAGCCGCGCAAGGCGCCGCCCCAGCCGGCUCAGAUCGGCUCACAGGCGCAGCGAGCGACGGCGUCCCCGCAGAGCUCCAACAAGCGCGUCUCUCGGACGCCCAUCAUCAUCAUCCCGGCGGCACCUUCCUCCAUCAUCAGCAUGUACAACGUCAAGGAGCUGCUGCAGGACCUCAAGUACGUCUCCUCUGAGGAGAAGCGGAAACAGGGCUUCAAGCGCGAGAACGACCUGCUGAUCCAGCGUCAGAAGGCGGCCGGGCAGACGGUGCCGUACCGCGUGAUCGACCACCCAGCGAAGCUGACCAACGCCGACUGGGACCGGGUGGUGGCCGUGUUCGUCAUGGGGCCCGCCUGGCAGUUCAAGGGCUGGCCCUGGGACGGCAACCCCGUGGAGAUCUUCACCAAAGUGCAAGCGUUCCACCUGAAGUGGGACGAGAUGAAACUGGACAACAACGUGGCCCGGUGGGCCGUCACCGUGCUGAACCUCUCCAAGACCAAGCGGCAUCUGGACCGCGCCACGCUGAUGACCAUCUGGGAGAAACUGGACAAGUUUAUGAUCCGGAACAAGUCGCACUUGAGGUUCUGAGCGGCGCGCGCUCGGCGCUGCGGGGAGGGGCAGGGGCGGGGUGGGUCGGGGUCAUCUGGUGUCAGGUCAGUGGGCGGGCGGCCAGAGAUGCCGCCAGCGCCGACUGGCGGCCGGCUCCGGAGCUGGAGGGGCGCCGGCGGACGUCGAGCUGGUUUACCCGCCGUGUCGGCGGCCGCUCGGUCGCCGAGUCCAUGUCCCGUGAUGGUGUUAAUGUUCUUAUUAGGUGCGUCAGCGUAGCAGGCGCCAGUGAGCUAAGAGCGGCAGUGAGAUAUGUAUGACUUUCAUGAAAACGCGGAUUGUAAAUAUACUCGUCCUCCA